AAUACACCCAGAUCCUAUAUAGCCCUGCCUGCUCACCCAAGGGUACGCAUCCAGAACAAAACAGAGACAAGGUGCCCCACUACGAAUUCCCAACUCAUUAUGCAACUCCAGUAUAAAACACACACACCGUUAACACGUCCGUCACGUCAAGCAUCCAGAUAAAGAGGAGCUUGGAGUCAGACAGACGGGCGCAUCAUCCCUCCUCUCAUUUCACACAGGACACAAGCAGUUAACCAGGGGCUGUCCGUCCUGCCAGCACUCUAACUUGGUCAGGGAAUUUAAGCAGAGUCUGCUUUUUAGAAAUGGACUUCAUCCUGCCACCCACUCUGCCAGCUGUGGGUAUCCCAUGGGAGAAGGUUUUACCACCUCUCAUUCCUCGGCUGAAUGGGACUUAUGGGCAACAUAAUUGGUCCCCGAAACUACUCUUACCAGAGACUGAUAACACCAGCUCUGCAGAGGUGAACUGUGACGACAGCGGUUUUACAGUUCAAGUGGAUGUGAAGCACUUCAACCCAGAGGACCUCAUGGUCAAAGUGAUAGGAGACUUUGUGGAGGUGCAAGGCAAGCAUGAAGAAAAGAAGGAUGGCCCAGGGGUUACGACACGCCAGUUCAACCGCCGCUACCGAAUCCCAAAGGGAGUGGACACCAUGGCUUUGGAGUCAGCAGUCUCUCCAGAUGGCAUCCUCAUCAUAUCUGCACCGAUGCUGCACACCCACGACUCCAGAACCCUGACUUCAUCACAAUAAUAGCAAACAUUAAAAUCUCUGUCAUCUUCACCAUGUAUGAAAACGAAUGCAACAGAAGCCUUUAAGAAACACACAGGCACAUACAGAAAUAACUUCAGGCUCCUUCAAUCACAGCAACACUCGGCCCAUGUGCCAAAACACUCGUUUGUUUGGUUCCUGGCACCGUUCUAAUAUUCCCUGCUCUCUGAGGUUUGUAUAUACUGCUCUGCUAUUACUCACCGAUGUUACAUAAUGUUUCAAGGAACCAGUCUUUUGUAAAUAUUCUGCGUUCGAAAGAUCAAACUGCUGUUUGUUUUUUUCGAAUUUGCAACUUUUUGUAAAAAGCACUGUGUUGUGGUUGUGAUUAAUGAUGCACGCAAACAUAUCUCUGAACUCUUUAAUGUGGAAAUGUUUCUUCAAAAAUGAAAAAAUAAACUUUAUUUCUUUAUAAAAAACAAAA